CAUGUCUCCUGAGUAUGCUAUGGAAGGCCACUUUUCUGAGAAAUCGGAUGUAUAUAGUUUCGGAGUGCUAUUACUAGAGAUUGUCAGACGCAGAAAAAACAGUAGCUAAAUGGAUUAUGAGUCAUUGAGCCUUCCAACUUACGCGUGGAAGUUGUGGAACGAGAACCAAAUCCUUUCAUUUAUAGAUCCAACUGGUUAUGAUCUAAGCUUCCAAGGUGAGAUUUCGAAGUGCAUACACUUGGGGCUAUUAUGCGUUCAAGAAUUUCCUGAGGAUAGGCCAUCCAUUUCUGAAGUGAUUUCCAUGCUUGAUGUCGAUAAUAUUUCUGAUCUUCCGCCCCCGAAGCCACCUGGUUUUACCCAAAGGCGAGUUAGUUCUACUGAUGGAUUUUGUCAAAAUGGCCAACAUUGUACUAAAAACCAUCUUUCUUUGACUGUAUUUAGUGGUAGGUAGUCUGGGGUGUUACUGCCUUAAUUUCUGGAAAAAUGUUUGUACAUUUUCUGCUCAAUUGUGCCAUAUCAAUAAUUUUUGAAAUAUGAUAAUUCAUGAUAUCACUUGUGAUCUUGAAAAUCAGAUGUUCAUCCUGGAUUAUCUUCAUUUGAAUACAAGAUUAAUUACUUCUUAUUGAUCCCGUCAUGCGGCUUCCACUUAAGUGGAGUUUG